AUGCGAAACGCAGCUUUGAACGCAAUCGUACAAAAUUCUCGGCAACGACUUACGGUAAAUGUCGAAAAAGAAGCCUUUGAGGAGGUUCAGAUUCCCGGGAAGGGGGUAGGGGUGGUUGCUAAGAGAUUUCUUCACAAAGGCGACUUGCUCGUUUCAGAGCCUCCUUCAUUGAUGGUACACCUAGACAUGCGAGCCGCUGUCCCAGAGAAACAGCGCCUUCGAAUGCAACAGGAGGGCGUGGAUAGACUCCCGCUUCUAACAAAGUCGGAGACCAUGGCAUUGAUGGGCCACUGGGGAGGGGACCCUGUGGAGGAUAUCUUGGACACAAACUCAUUCACAAUCACUGUGCAUGCAGCAAACGACCAUCAUGCAUUUUGCAUGUACACCUUUGACCCAAAAACCUUCACACAGAACGUGUAUACGAUACGGGACAUCAGUCCCGGCGAAGAGCUCACCAUUUCCUAUAUUGACCCUACAGUGACCCAUAAAGAACGACAGGAGGCGAUCAGCUUCUGGGGUUUCAAUUGCUCUUGCCAUACUUGCACGAUGAGCCCAGAGGCCAUUCGACAAUCCGAUGAAAGAAUCCAGCGUAUUAAUCGCUACAAGAAAUUACUGAAUGACUGGUCUAUACCACAAAAUAACGCCACUCCCGAAAUGGCGAGAACGUUAGUGCACCUGUACGAAAAGGAGAAUCUUUGGUGUCACAUUGCAGAUGGCUACCGACUUGCAGCCCAUGCAUACAACGCAGUGCGAGAUAGGGGGAGCGCCUUGAAAAUGGCUAAUCUCGCAUUUGGGUAUGGUUUGCAGGCCUGGAGGUAUAUGGGACGCAAAAUGAUUGACAUGCUGGAACUGAUGACUAGCCCCGAAGAACAUUGGAGUUGGGGCCAGAGAGAGGUGAUGUACGCUGCCUGA